AUGGAAGCCCCGGCGUUCGCGGAACGAGCUCCCGGGGACCGUCCUCCCUGCUCGCGGCCGCUGCAGCCCGAGCCCGGGCAGGAGGCAGCGCCGGCCGUCCCGUGCGGGCAGGAUGACUCCGGGCAGAAGAGGCGGCCACGCCGGCUCCCGUGUGGCUCUAGACCGCACUCCCUGCUUCUGCAACCGAGACCUUGUCUGACUCGGUACUGCCGCGCUCGGGGCAGCAGUGGGCCCAGGCAGCUCCCCCACCAGCUGCUGGUGUACGAGCGAGUGCGGGGUUCAGGCUUGACUCGCGCAGGGAUCAUGCUCGACGUGGCGUCGCUGGGUCAGGGUUUUGACCCACCGCAUCAGAGUGACACCAGGACUAUUUACAUAGCCAACAGGUUUCCUCAGAACGGCCUUUACACGCCUCAGAAAUUCGUAGAUAACAGGAUCGUCUCAUCUAAGUAUACUGUGUGGAAUUUUGUUCCAAAAAAUUUAUUUGAACAAUUCAGAAGAGUGGCAAACUUUUAUUUUCUUAUUAUAUUUUUGGUUCAGCUUAUGAUUGACACACCAACCAGUCCGAUUACCAGUGGACUUCCAUUAUUUUUUGUGAUCACAGUAACCGCCAUAAAGCAGGGAUAUGAAGAUUGGUUACGACAUAUCUCAGACAACGAAGUAAACGGAGCUCCUGUUUAUGUCGUUCGAAGCGGUGGCCUUGUGAAGACGAGAUCAAAGAACAUCCGGGUGGGCGAUAUUGUUCGAAUAGCCAAAGAUGAAAUUUUCCCUGCAGACCUGGUGCUUCUGUCCUCAGACCGACUUGAUGGGUCGUGCCACGUUACCACUGCUAGUUUGGAUGGAGAAACUAAUUUGAAGACACACGUGGCAGUCCCAGAAACAGCAGCAUUACGCACAGUCGCCAACUUGGAUGCGCUCACGGCCGUGGUGGAGUGCCAGCAGCCAGAAGCAGACCUGUACAGAUUCAUGGGGCGAAUGAUUAUAACUCAACAAAUGGAAGAAAUUGUAAGACCUUCAGGUCCAGAGAGUCUCUUGCUUCGUGGAGCCAGAUUAAAAAACACAAAAGAAAUUUUUGGUGUGGCUAUCUACACUGGAAUGGAAACUAAAAUGGCAUUAAAUUACAAGAGCAAAUCACAGAAACGAUCUGCAGUUGAAAAGUCAAUGAAUACAUUUUUGAUAAUUUACCUAAUCAUCCUUAUUUCUGAAGCCAUCAUCAGCACUAUCUUGAAAUAUACCUGGCAAGCUGAAGAAAAAUGGGAUGAGCCUUGGUAUAACCAAAAAACAGAACAUCAAAGAAAUAGUAGUAAGAUUCUGAGAUUUAUUUCAGACUUCCUUGCGUUUUUGGUACUCUACAAUUUCAUCAUUCCGAUUUCAUUAUAUGUAACAGUUGAAAUGCAGAAAUUUCUUGGAUCAUUCUUUAUUGGCUGGGAUCUCGAUCUCUAUCAUGAAGAGUCAGAUCAGAAAGCGCAAGUCAAUACUUCUGAUUUGAAUGAAGAGCUUGGACAGGUGGAUUAUGUGUUCACAGACAAAACCGGCACCCUGACAGAAAACGAGAUGCAGUUUCGGGAGUGCUCCAUUAAUGGCAUGAAGUACCAAGAAGUCAAUGGCAGACUUGUACCUGAAGGACCCACUCCAGACUCUCCAGAUGGGAGUUUAUCUUACCUCAACAGCUUACCCCAUCUCAACAGCGUGUCCCAUCUCACAAGCAGUUCAUCUUUCGGAACCAGCCCUGACAGUGAAACGGAACUAAUUAAAGAGCAUGACCUCUUCUUUAAGGCAGUCAGUCUCUGUCACACGGUCCAGAUCAGCAGUGCUCAGCCCGACGGUGUUGGUGACGGGCCCUGGCAGUCCAGCCUGGCCCCCCCACGGCUGGAGUACUACGCGUCCUCGCCCGACGAGAAGGCUCUGGUCGAAGCUGCCGCCAGGAUUGGCAUUGUAUUUAUUGGCCAUUCUGAAGAAACGAUGGAAGUUAAAACACUUGGAAAACUGGAACGGUACAAACUGCUUCACCUUCUAGAAUUUGAUUCAGACCGUAGGAGAAUGAGUGUGAUUGUUCAGGCACCUUCAGGUGAGAAGCUGUUAUUUGCUAAAGGAGCUGAAUCGUCGAUUCUCCCAAAAUGUGUAGGUGGAGAAAUAGAAAAAACCAGAAUUCAUGUGGAUGAAUUUGCUUUGAAAGGGCUAAGAACUCUGUGUGUAGCCUAUAGGAAAUUUACGUAUAAAGAGUAUGAGGACAUCGACAGACGCCUGUUUGAAGCCAGGACGGCUUUGCAGCAGCGGGAGGAGAAGCUGGCAGAUGUCUUCCAGUUCAUAGAGAGAGACCUGGUAUUACUCGGGGCCACGGCCGUGGAAGACAGACUACAAGAUAGAGUUCGAGAAACUAUCGAAGCAUUAAGACUGGCUGGCAUCAAAGUCUGGGUACUCACUGGGGAUAAGCAUGAGACAGCCGUGAGUGUGAGCCUGUCCUGUGGACACUUUCACAGGACCAUGAACAUUCUGGAACUUAUAAACCAGAAAUCGGACAGCGAAUGUGCCGAACAAUUGAGGCAACUUGCCAGACGAAUCACAGAGGAUCACGUGAUCCAGCACGGGCUGGUGGUGGAUGGAACCAGCCUCUCUCUCGCACUCAGGGAGCACGAAAAACUAUUUAUGGACGUUUGCAAAAACUGUUCGGCUGUCUUAUGCUGUCGUAUGGCACCACUGCAGAAAGCGAAAGUGAUAAGACUGAUCAAAAUCUCACCCGAGAAACCCAUAACGCUGGCCGUCGGCGACGGUGCGAACGAUGUGAGCAUGAUCCAGGAGGCACAUGUUGGCAUAGGAAUCAUGGGUAAAGAAGGAAGACAGGCGGCAAGAAACAGUGACUAUGCCAUAGCUAGGUUUAAAUUCCUCUCCAAACUGCUUUUCGUUCACGGCCAUUUUUAUUAUAUUAGAAUAGCUACCCUUGUACAGUAUUUUUUUUAUAAGAAUGUGUGCUUUAUCACACCCCAGUUUUUAUAUCAGUUCUACUGUUUGUUUUCUCAACAAACACUGUAUGACAGCGUGUACUUGACCUUAUACAACAUUUGUUUUACCUCCCUACCUAUUCUGAUAUACAGUCUUUUGGAACAACAUAUAGAUCCUCAUGUAUUACAGAACAAGCCCACCCUCUACCGGGACAUUAGUAAAAAUCGUCUCUUAAGCAUUAGAACGUUUCUUUAUUGGACCAUCCUGGGUUUCAGUCAUGCCUUUAUUUUCUUUUUUGGAUCCUAUUUUCUGAUAGGCAAAGAUAUAUCUCUACUUGGAAAUGGCCAGAUGUUUGGAAACUGGACAUUUGGGACUCUGGUCUUCACCGUGAUGGUCAUUACAGUCACAGUAAAGAUGGCUUUGGAAACUCAUUUUUGGACUUGGAUCAACCAUCUUGUUACCUGGGGAUCUAUUGUAUUUUAUUUUGUAUUUUCUUUGUUUUAUGGAGGGAUUCUCUGGCCGUUUUUGGGCUCCCAGAACAUGUACUUUGUGUUUAUUCAGCUUCUGUCCAGUGGUUCGGCCUGGUUCGCCAUAAUCCUUAUGGUUGUCACGUGUCUGUUUCUCGAUAUCGUAAAGAAGGUAUUCGACCGACAGCUCCAUCCUACGAGUACUGAAAAGGCACAGCUUACUGAAACAAAUUCAAGUAUCGAGUGCUUGGACUCCAUGUGCUGUUUCCCCGAAGGAGAAGCAGCGUGCGCAUCUGUUGGAAGAGUGCUGGAACGAGUUCUAGGAAGAUGUAGCCCCGCGCACGGCAGCAGAUCGUGGAGUGCGUCGGACCCUUUCUGUACCAACGACAGGAGCAUCCUGACCCUCUCCACAAUGGACUCCUCCACUUGUUAGAGGGGCGCUCGCACUCUGGGGCCCUCUCGCCUCCCUUCCCGCAGUGCAGCGUGAUCACCCUCUUUCUGCACGCUAGCUCAGAUUGCUCUCGGAGCCCCGGAGUAGGGCAUCGGGGGACACAGUGACAGACAAACAGAAGCGCUCACACCAGCCUCUCUCACCCCUUCAUUUGAAUCAGAACGUGUUGAAAUUUGAGGAUCAGGGGUCAUUUUGCAUCUUUUGGUCUGGAUUGUCCCUUUUGCUCACGGGACUCCAAGGGGCGUUUCAGCGGACGGCUGAGGCCACGAGGGGGCAGUGCAUCCCGAGGCAGAAGAAGAGGGAGCGCUUAGUUACGUUUACUUCUUAGUUUUAGCUUGGUUAGUGAGUUGUCUAUUUAAAUCUGCUUCUGUAAAUUAUGCUGAAAGUUUGCCUUGAGAACUCUAUUUUUUUAUUAGAGUUAUAUUUAAAGCUUUUCAUGGGAAAAGAUAAUGUGAAUAGUAGGAAUUUUGGUCCCUCAGUGACCCGUGUUAAUUCCUUACUGCUCUCUGGGCUCACAGAGCAAACUAGGUGAAGCGUUUCCAGCCAUCACCUCCUGCGGUGUGGGUAGUCCGUUUGCAGCAGCACAUUCCUCUGUAUGGAUUACAGCACAGUCAAUAAAGCUCACCAUCGCAAUGCGGAGGAGACAGCGGAUCUCACGUAUAAAUUGGGAGUCGGGUCCGUUCACCGGAUUUCAGAUCGUUGUUUCCUAAUAUUUUUGUGACACAAUGCGACGAAUCGAUAGUGGGCAAAUUAGAUGCCAUUAGCAUAUUAUUAAUUUACUGUUUAUCAUUGGCUCUUUUGCAUGCUUUAAUCUGAUUAAUCUAUUUAAAUUUCCUUUUCUUUAACUGAAGGCUUUGUUUAUAGUAUUUUAUGACAAUGUUGUAAAUUCAACUAUAUCAAUAAAAAACAAGUUUGGACAGUA